GGAUGUAUCUGGCCGCUUGGUGCCAAUUCAAGUCCCUCAACUCCAGGUCGGGAUCACUAGCUCAACAACCUUCACCUGGGCUGAAGUUCUUUGGUCAAGGGUGACACUGGCCUGACAGCAGCCUUGUGGAAAUGACCAGGUGCAGCAAUAAGCUGGCAACCGUGCGAAACGCCGUUGGAGCAAACCAGUCUAUCCUGUCCAAAGUCUGGAAAAGCCAUAGCCUGAAGAUGCACUUGAUUGCAACAAGACCUCCCAGGAGCCACAUUGGCAGAACGAGAAGAGGGAAUGGGUAUGGCAUACCCCAUGAUAUCAACAAAACCUGGAAUCCAUGCCGAGGUUGGUGUUUUGAGAUGAGACAUACAAAAUUAAGAGCCUUGCCAGGUUCCCAGCGUUUCGAUGUUGAGAUGAGACCAGACGGAAAUCCGUCCGAACUUCACCACGAACAGCUUAAUUUCGACACCUCUAUGAUCUAUUACCCUACAAUUAUCAGGUCUAAGGUAUCUAGUGUUUCUUAUUCGACUGGCGGGGCUUCACGACGCCAACCAGGGACGGUCUGCAAGCUGCUAUUGUUCAAGCUAAGCACCCGAUCCAAGAUACGGACGAAUGCCCGUAUAAUUGCAAGAGCCCCAUCUGGGUAUGAGGCAUUUGGCAGCCACUCGGCAAUAGUAGAGGGCAUUGGUACGCAGAAUGGCUAUAUGCGUGGGCUUGAUAGGUGUGGAUUUCACGAUAACGAUGCAGGGCUCCAUUUCGAGGGAGGCUCAAAACUAAGUUUUCCGUUCCUAGUGGAGGCGGCAAGGAAGCGAAAAGCCAAACAGCGCCGGGGCCGCGGAUCAGGAUCGUGAUUAUCGCAUUGCCGCUGUUCUUGGCCAAGGGUCUCUAUCUUGACAACUACUCCGUACAUAGUACGGUGGCAGCUGCAAGGGCAGCAGAUGCU